CAUCCGGUGGAAUCAUGGUGUUCUUGUUCGGUGCUUUCGCGUUUCGUAAACACGAGGGAACGUGUUAGUGUUAACGCGCGUUUCAAACUGCCUGUGAGAUAGUGAAGUGUCGUUCAAUGUCGGAUCUUUCGGGAAAAACAUGUUACGAUCGGAAGUGACACAUGGCGUGCAAGCGUAAGCAUGCUUGACACACCACGAUGCAAUUGCAAGAUUAAUAUUAAGUCUUCUAUUCUCUGUCGUAAGAAGGGAACUCUAAUCCUGUGAGACCACGUUGCACGUGCCCAUCGAACAUGUCUAUGAAGAAAGAAUCACCAUGGGACGUGGAAUUGCAUUUGGCGGCGGCACGCGGCGACGCAAAACGUCUCCAGAUCCUUUUGGAUUCCGGACGGGUCCACGUCGACUGCAAGGAUAAGGAUGGGACGACACCUUUAAUUCUGGCCGCGGCCGGAGGGCACAUUGAGGCAGUCACCGAAUUGCUACAACAAGGGGCGGAUCCUAAUGCCAGAAGGCUGACCGGCACCACGGCGCUGUUCUUUGCCGCCCAGGGUGGCUUUAUGGACAUCGCCGGUCUUUUGCUGGAACACGGCGCCACGGUGGACUCGUGCAGUAUCGACGGCGGUACCCCGCUUUUUGUCGCGUGCCAGUGCGGUCAUCUGGACGUGGUCGAAGGACUGAUCGAGAGAGGCGCGAAUCCUAACGCUCAUAUGAAGGACGGUGCAACCGCCCUCUUUAUCGCGGCCCAAAACGGUCACGUGCGGAUCCUGGAAGUCCUUCUGGAGCACGGAGCGAAGACGGACGCGGCGCGUACGGACGGUGCCACGCCUUUAUGGAUAGGAGCGCAAAUGGGACACGAUCACGUAGUGAGAAGGCUUUUGAAAGCUGGUGCGAAGGUCGAUGCCACUAGACACGAUGGAGCAACCCCACUUUUCAAGGCGGCUCACAAAGGGCACACCGCGGUCGUUGGGGAACUACUCAAAUACCGUCCGUCGCUCGGUAUUCUUCCUAACGGUGAAAGCGCGCUACACGCGGCAGCUUUAACAGGACAAAUGACUGUAGCAAGGCAACUCGUAGGAGCAGGAGCGGAUCCUCUGCUUGUUAACCAGGAGGGUGUCACACCUCUUCAGUUGGCUAUUAGGCACUCGCAGACACAGGUCGCUAAUUAUCUGAAGGAUAAAAUUAGAGCACGAACGGGAACGUCUUAGCAAUAUUAUAGAUAUUUAAUGCAUAGGAGUAACAGAGGAAAAUAUACAUAUAGACCAGUGAGAGAGUGAGAGAAUCAGUAUUUCUAAAGAAAAUGUAAUAUAUUAUUAUACAUACACAUGUUACAUGUUGAAUGUGUACUAUAUUCGAUACUUUAUAAAUAGAAUGAACACGUGCAAUCUUAUUGUAUUCCGUAGCAUUACAAGAUUAAAGUAUACCGGGAUGUUGAUUUUUCUAAUACGCUGUACAGAAUUGUUGGUAGGGCACUCCAUUGUUGUCUUAACGCGUAGCUGAUAUCGUAGGACCAUAGUGAUCUCAUUCAUCGGUCUGAUCAACGACGUAAACGUCGUUUCUUCAACGUUAUUUAUGAUUUAAAAUAUUUACACUGACUUAAUAAUGACGUCACACAAUAACCUAUCAUACUACUUCUGUUAUAAUAUUCAUAUCAU